AUGAGCGACCUCCCCCUCGCGUUCGAAUGCGUCGAAUGCGCUCUGACUUACUCAUCUCGCGAGCAGCUGUUCUCGCACAAUGUUCUCUAUAAACAUUACUUGUGCGGGAUGUGUCUAUCUGCUCAAGUCAGCGAGCUCUCCCUGAAAUACCACAAGGCAUCGCGUGUGCAUGAAGCUCGCAAGUGGAAGUGCCCGCUCUGCACAAAGCGGAAGUUCAAGACGCCCUCUGCACUGGCCCAGCACCUCGAAUCCGGCUUCCACCCAGGCGUGACGCGCUUCCACCUUGUCGCCGCCGCCCAGGCCCUCCCCACCGCCGCGCAAGUAGCCAUCCGCCCAAUGCCCGGCAUCUACGCCGCCCCAUCGCCCAUGAAGCUCGUCGAAGCAUCCGCCAAGCCGAGCAGCUGGACCGGCAGCGCCUACCAGUGCGAGAAGUGCCCGAAGGCCUUCCACACGCUCCUCGCGCUCGACCACCACCUCGCGUCGGCGGCGCACGACGAGGCGGAGCUGCGCUGUCCGGCAUGUGCGGCGGAGUUCGCGCUCACGUCGGCCUUGGUACAUCAUCUGGAGAGCGGGUCUUGCGGGCUGGCGAGUUAUGAGCGUAUUCAGACGGAGGCGAGUGCCAUUAUCGGCGCUGUUACGCGCUUGCUGCAGGAUGGAGAGGUUCCGGAGGGUGUAGUUGGCAAAUUACUGGAGGCGUGA